UGGCAGCUGCAGGACAAGGGGAGAGUGACGUGACAAGGCCUCUUGUACUUGAGCAACCUUCAAAGCAGCCUCCUGAGCUGUUGGUGCUGUCCUCAUACAAAGCAGUUUAUUGUCAUCUCAUCGCCAGGGAUUGCGUGGCAGCUGCACAGAUCCCAGGCCUGCAGGAUCGUCCUUUCCAGGGGAGGAAUACACCAAAUAACUUCAAGAGUUUUAGAAGAUGUCAGCAGAUAUACCAUUAAAUAUAAAUAUCAAGGAGCCCCGAUGGGAUCAGAGCACUUUUUCUGGACGAGCCAAUCACUUCUUUACUGUAACAGACCCUCGGAAUAUUUUGUUGUCUGAUGCCAAACUGGAAAAUGCAAGGAAAAUUGUGCAUGAUUACAGACUAGGUAUUGUAGCACCUGGCUUGACAGAAGAUGAGUUGUGGAGAGCAAAAUACAUCUAUGAUUCAGCCUUUCACCCAGACACUGGUGAAAAGAUGGUCUUGAUUGGCCGAAUGUCUGCUCAGGUCCCCAUGAACAUGACCAUCACAGGUUGUAUGAUGACCUUUUAUAGAACGACACCAGCAGUGCUUUUCUGGCAGUGGAUCAACCAGUCCUUCAAUGCUGUAGUAAAUUACACCAACAGGAGCGGGGAUGCCCCAAUCACUGUCAGCCAGCUGGGAACAGCCUAUGUUUCUGCCACCACCGGUGCUGUCGCAACAGCUUUAGGACUUAAUGCACUAGCGAAGCGCGUCUCACCUCUUAUAGGACGGUUUGUUCCUUUUGCUGCUGUUGCUUCUGCAAACUGCAUUAAUAUUCCACUAAUGAGACAAAGAGAAAUCAAGUUUGGAAUCCCCGUCACAGAUGAGGAUGGGAACAGAGUGGGUGAAUCAUCCAAAGCAGCUCAGCAGGCAAUCACCCAGGUGGUUAUCUCAAGGAUUCUUAUGGCUGCUCCUGGAAUGGCAAUUCCUCCCUUCAUAAUGAAUACAUUGGAAAAAAGAGCCUUUUUAAAGAUCAGCAAAAAUGAGCGAUUUCUUCAGUGACUACUCAGUGGUCUUUGGUACCAUCAUGACCAUUUAUGCUCACCUGUUCCUCUCCCUCAGCCUGAGAGACUGUGAGUUCAGGUGAAACACUGCUCUGCAGGUAGUCAGUGGUAACACUUGGUAGAGAUUAGUAUUAAACCACUGUACUUUUAACAAACAGCUUCUGCAUGUCCUCUUGAGAUUCCAGAAGCACCAUCCCAUUCACAGCACUCCAACACCAUCCCUGCAAUGCUUUUCUAACUCACUGUCCUUGGCCUUUGCUUUGCACACUACCACCCUUGGAAAUAAUUCCUGAAUGCUUGCCAAAGCCUUUUAAGCAACACACAAGGCCAGAAAAUAGGCAAAUGGUUGUGAAAUGAUAAAAAAAAAUAGAACGAUGGUCUGCAGUCACACAGAAGGAAAUGUUCCUUGAAUGCUGGUCUGUAAUAGCAGCCUGUCAUCCUCUGAUAUUUGAAAUGAGAUGUAGGUCAUGUAGCACUAUUCAUCCCCCCACAUCCCCCAAUGUUUUGCACUAAGACAUCGGUGUGAAUUAACAGUAUUCCCAAAAGUUAUCGCUAGAAAAUGAAUCAAGAAUGGUUUUGAAACACAAGCACAUACUUACAGCUUCAAAAAGCAUCUAAUUAUUUCUGACUUUAAAAAGUGUUUUUAUAUGUACAUCUGAUUUUGCUGUAGGUUUCAGCAGCAGCUUUGGGGCCCUUUUAGGUGAUUAUGCAGUGUUCUAGUAAUUGAUUAAGCUGCAUAAUGUCUGGUUUCGUUAUCCCUACUGACAUACACCUGACUAGCUCUUUGUAAAACCAAGGUAUUUUACCUGCUGCAGCAGGAGGAUCCAUAAACAACCUUGCUCUGAGGCAUAGCAUUUACUGAGUUUACUUACAAGUCACUUUUCUCCUAAGGAAAGAAAUUGGGUUUUUCCAUAAAAAUUUACAAAAACUCAAACACUGAAGUUUUAAUUUGUAUUAUUACUCUUGCAGCUUCAGCUUCAGUUUCUCUCCUGUUCUGCAUACUGUAUUAACAUGCAAGUUUUUCCAGAAAUUUCCUCAUAUAUCUUUAAAACAAGUUCUUUGGGGUCUCUUAGUCUGCAACUGAAAUCUGUAUUCAAAACUGGUAAAAACCAGAACAGAGAGCUUUUUUUUCAAGCAUUGUUCUUGAAUGUCUUAUGCCCUGCAGUCUUCCGUACAUUCCUAAUUUCACUGUCAUUCAUUUAGUUGUUUUUUUUUAAAACAGGCAGAGCUGGCCUGGGAAAGCUGGCAGAUUUUUAUAUCCAACAAUGAAAGGAAACAGUUAGAAAAAAGAUGAUUCUCUUUAAAGCUUUUGUUUGCUUAAUUAUCAUUUCUCCAUUUUCUCUGUUUGCACUAACCACUAAAAUGUCAUAAAGACAUCUGGAAAUCAGAUCCUGAUUCAUUGGGAACUGCCUUCUUCCAGAGUUAAUGGAUAGUUCUCUAACACAGUCAAUUCUUCUGCUGUCUGUCGUGUGCUUCUCCAUUUUAUCUCUUUGUAGGGGUGUGCAGCCUGCGUUUAAGUUUUGUUUUAUUGCUUUGUUUCCUGGGCAACUCCAGUUCUUAAUAUUGACCUCUCACAGUGUUAAGAGUUUUUCCUCACCAUCUUUCUUGAUUAGCGCGGUCUGGUAACAUUCUGGAAAAAGCAAGGCUGUAACUCAGAUCAAGUUGGCAAAAACUGUUCUAGCACGUGAACUAGAUGUUGUUUACAGAGUCUGUACGAGACAACACCAAAGGCAUGAGGCCAUCUAUUCCUCUCAUGGCACCUUCCAGGAGCCUUUUCAGUUAUACAAUUAUAUUUGGGGCUUUUCUGUUCUGUAUUUUAGGUCCCACAUUCCCACUGCAAUGUGCAGCAUCCCUCUCCCUUCCUUCUCAGAGACAGAAGUCAUUUGCAGUAGAGAGUUUGUGUUCACAUCUCGUCACGGACUCUCCCGAUAUAUAAAAUGUAAAGAAUUUUGGGUGAAUUUAUCUCAUCUGAGAGUCAAAUGAAGGUGUUUAGGGAAUGCCAGAACAGCAAAGCUCUGCUGCCUUCACUCUUCACCCUUCCUGCUGUUCCUGUCUGUUCCCAUUUGUUAUCUGUUGUUGCAGGUGAUUGCUGAAUUGCACAGUUCUUCCUGCACUCAUUUCUGGAUAACAGAUUGACUCCAGGAAAAAAAAUAAAGAGAAGCAGUCUCCUACAUCAUUUCUUCUCCCUCAGGGUCUGGAGAAAGUUUACUCCACACAGGCUUGUUUUCUCUGCCUUCUCCACUGCUGUGACCUUCCUCAGCCCUCAGCUUUGUCCUCCUGAGCUUUCUACAUCUCCUUUGUCCAUUUCUGUUCUCAACUAGUGCCCAGCUUUUGUUCCCCAGCUUCCCCUCUAACUUCUGUAUCUUGAGAAAUGCUACUUGCAGAAACAAACAUCUUCAUUGAAAACAUCAUCCACUGCAUCAUGUGAUUUUUAACUCAUGAGCUGUUUUGUUUUAAAAUCCCCUUCGUGUUUUCAUGGCAGCUGUGUAAGUCCUGCUUUUGAGACACUGCUUUUAGUGUAGCAGCAGUGUCCCUUGAACAGAUCUGGGUUUACUUCACUAGUAAUGGAUUUCAACUAAAAUUCUAACAUGGGGGGGAGCGGGUUCUUAAAUAUUUUAAAAGCCUGCAAAAAAGCUCUAUUUCUUGGCAUAUAUUCAAGUUCUGCAAAAGUUAUAGUAAUGAAGAUUAUGCUAAAAAUGCAUCCAUAGGUUAUUAGUUGCUUUCUCAGCUACGUUUCCCCGAUCCUUCAGCCCUUUUUUCUUUCAGUGAAAGGUGAACUCUUGCAGGACUGGAGUGUUGCUACAGGGACAACUUCCUACACAUCAAGGGAAAUCAUAUGACAGGACAAGACUGAGAGAGGCAGACUUACCUUUUUCCUUGACAUCUCCCUUGUUUAUGGGUGGUGGUUCCAGUUGCACAUUAAAACCAUUUGAUGUCACCAAAGGAGCUGUAACCCAGACGAAGCUCUUCCUUGGAAUGCCUGGGCAAAAUUCACUGAGCCCUUUAGAGAUGUAGCACCACACCAAAUUUCAGCUGUCCUGCUACUGUGGGCUUGUGUGACUCAGAGAGAAAGCCCAGGGGCUCAGCAUCACAUCCUAAAUCAAUCAGGAUCACAAUGUAUGUUGUUUCCACUGGGAAUUUCCUUACUACUUUUUAAAAGGGAUUUGGCUCUCAAACUGGAGCUCAGCUUUAAGGUACACUGCCUGUGGGUUUGCCUUCAUGUCCAAGGGUCUUUUAGGUGCAAAAUCUGUCUCUUAGAAAACAAGAAUUCCAGAAAGGGGAAAGGGAGAAGAUAAGAUACCAUACUCACUGUGUAUGGUUUGUUUU